ACAAAAUCUGCUCUGGAAUCAGUGUGUGUUAGUGGUACAGCAUGGACGUCCACAAAGCAACUGUGAUUCUCUGUAUUUUCCUUUAUGCAGGUGUCCUUAAAGUUCAGACCCAGAGCUCAGUUUUAGAUGCGUACACUAAAACCGACGGCGCUUGGAUUAUCUCGCUGCAAAAAAGGCAGUACCCAGCAACAUCAGCAGAACAAUGCGCACUAAGGUGCAAUGCAGAAACACUGUUCACAUGCAGGUCUUUUGUAUUCAUCGAAAAAGAUCAAGACUGCAUAACGAUACCAGCCAACUCUAAGAUACAGCCGGUGUAUCGGAGAAUGAGCACAGCUCUGUUUGAGAAGAAAGAUUAUUUACUUGAAUGUCUGAACGGCAUUGGUAACGACUACAGAGGGACAAAGACAAGGACAAAAUCAGGAACAAUGUGUCAGCGCUGGGAAAGUUCAUUCCCUCACAAGCCAAACAUCACCCCAAAGACACAUCCAAAGGCUGACUUGGAGUCCAAUUACUGUCGAAACCCAGAUGGAGACAAAAAUGGCCCCUGGUGCUACACCAUGGACCUGAACAAUAGAUGGGAGAACUGUGACAUCCCAAGCUGCAAUGAGGAAUGCAUGUACUGUAGUGGAGAAAACUACAGAGGGAAGAUUUCCGAAACUGAGGGAGGAUUCACCUGUCAGCGCUGGGACUCCCAAAAACCCCAUAAUCAUGGAUACAUUCCCUCGGUUCUUCCUGACAAGUACCUGGAGGAGAACUACUGCAGAAAUCCAGACGGGGAACCCAGACCUUGGUGUUUCACCACGAAUUCAACCAAACGCUGGGAUUACUGCUCCGUCCCUCGCUGCACAUCCCAACCUCCAACCACCGAACCAGAGUUGACUUGCGCUACAGGAGACGGGAACUCAUACAGAGGCAAAAUUGCUGUGACCAUAUCAGGGAAAACAUGCCAAACAUGGUCAUCUCAGGUUCCUCAUAAGCAUUCAAGAACACCAGAGAACUACCCGUGCAAGGGUCUGAAUAACAACUACUGCAGAAACCCUGACAAUGAGAGAAGUCCCUGGUGUUACACCACCGACCCAGAAACCCGCUGGGAGUACUGCAACAUACCAACCUGUGGUGACGAGCCACGCCCCGAUGAGCCAGUUAUUGCUCCAGCUGAGGACUGUUACACAGGAGAUGGCAGCUCGUACCGUGGAGUCAUGUCAGAGACCAUCAGUGGGAAGAAGUGCCAGUUCUGGAGCUCUAUGGAGCCUCAUAAACACACAAAGACACCACAGGCUUUCCCCAACGCAGACUUGAGAAGAAACCUGUGCAGGAACCCUGAUGGUGACACCGCUCCAUGGUGCUUCACCACUGACCCCAGUAUGCGCUGGGAGUACUGUAGGAUAGACCGUUGUGGUAGCACAUCCCAGCCCAGUCGUCCUGAGGUCCCAGUCAUCACGGAGGAACGCCUGCCGACCCAAACAGCGAAGGACCCGAUUGUUUCAGAAGCCACAGAUUGCAAGAUCGGCAACGGAGCAGAUUAUCGAGGUCCGGUAUCGAAGACGGCAGCAGGAGUGACCUGCCAAGCGUGGAGUGCAACAACCCCCCACAGUACCACCUUUAAACCUUCAUCCCACCCUAACAAGGGUCUGGACUCUAAUAAUUGCAGAAAUCCUGAUAACGACCCAAACGGACCUUGGUGUUACACUACGGAUCCCUCAAAGAAGUGGGACCACUGUCAGAUUCCAGACUGUGAAAGACCAAAAUGCGGCUCGCCGGCAAUAAAACCAAGACGCUGCUUUGGCCGGAUUGUCGGAGGAUGCAUCUCCAAAGCUCACUCUUGGCCUUGGCAGAUCAGUCUCAGAACCAACACCGGUUUGCACUUCUGUGGAGGAACUUUAAUUAGCCCGCAGUGGGUCCUUACAGCAGCUCACUGCCUUGAACGAUCUAUGAGACCAUCUGCCUACAAAGUGUACAUGGGAAUCUAUACAGAAAAAGCGGUUGAGGCAUCCAAACAGAUCCAUGAUCUGGAAAAGAUUGUAAAGGAGCCGUCAGGAGCAGAUAUCGCUUUACUCAAGCUGCAAAGGCCAGCUGUUAUAAAUGAUAAAGUGUCUACAGUGUGUUUGCCUGAGAAAGACUACAUCGUACCCAGUGGGACAGAAUGCUACGUGACCGGCUGGGGAGAAACCGAUGGGACGGGCGGAGAAGGCAUUCUGAAGGAGACCGGCUUCCCGGUUAUUGAAAACAAAGUGUGCAACCGUCCGGCCUACCUGAACAACCGAGUGAAGGACCACGAGAUGUGUGCAGGAAACAUAGAGGGAGGAACUGAUAGCUGUCAGGGUGACAGUGGAGGACCUCUUGUAUGCUUUGCUCAGAACACAUUCAUUCUUCAGGGAGUGACAUCAUGGGGUCUUGGCUGUGCCAAUGCAAUGAAACCUGGUGUGUACGCUCGAGUGUCCAAGUUCGUUGACUGGAUCGAACGAGAGAUGAAGAAAUCGUAUUAAUCGAAGUCCGAAAUGCAAAUUAAAAACUUCUUUGUUAAAAAUCUCAAUUUGUAAGUUUCUGUUUCUGAACUCCCUUUAAAGCCUCAAAAAAUCCCAAUAUAUUUUGCUGCUUUAAUGUUGCAUUUUAUUUUAUCAGGUGGCAAUGUAUGUACACAUUAAAGAAGAGAAAUUUGAA